GUGAGACCGUAGAGCACACACAGGCGCUCGAGGACCUUGUGCUCCGGAGAAUCGCCCUUGGCGGCCUUGGCGAACGAACGGAGAACGAGGAACUCGAUGUGAGCCCGGGCAGCAGCGACGAAGCGGACCAUGUGCUUGUUCCAAGCUUGCGAGAACGACAGCUUCCCGUCGGCCUGAGCCUCGGCAAGGAUCGCAGCAGAUUCCUUGAUGAGACGGAUCGAACGGUGCUGGAAGACUUGGAGGAGGACGGCGAUAUCGCCAAAGUCGGCAGUGCUGGGCAGCGGUUGGCUGGCCGGGGCGUACAAAUAUGCGACAUUCGGGUCCCAGGUGUCGCCCUCGAUCGUGGCAAUGACCGUCGCUGCCGGGACCAGGAGACCGAAACCGCUGAACGAGAGAUAUCCGUGGCCACCAGUGCACCGACGCGCUUCUUCAGUCCCGUCAGCGAGAGUCUGGGCGGAGUAAGCCUUCAGCGCGGCGAGCAGGGCGUGGACACCCGGCAGAGCAGCAUGGUCGCCUUUGGCCUGGCGGGCCAACAAGUUUUGAUACUGGCCGGCGACUUCCUGGGCGGAGAACCAGGUGGCGAAUGCCCGGGACAUGACCAUGAAGAUUCGGAGGGAGAGCAUAGGGAAAGCGAGGAUAGGGACCGGAGAGCGCUUCGAUUCGUCUGUCUCGAAGGGCAAUGCGCCUUGCUCGCGAACCAGCGAGAAGCGGAGCGCGAUAGUCGCCGCCUGGGCGAGCUGCAUGGGAAUCGCGGCGGCAAUGUUGACGCGGGCGUACAACAUCGUUCCGUAUGAGAGACGGCUGCUGCCUCCCGGCGUGGAGGUGUAGUUUCCCUCGCGAUCGACCGUCUGGUAGCGCAUGAGCAGGUUAGCCCGGGGAAUGCGGAAGUGGGUGAACUUGGCAUAGCCGUUGUCGUUCGUGUUGUGGCCCAUCUUCAAGCCGACAUCGCCGAGCUCGACACCGGGGAGAGGGGUGAAGUCCUCGAGCGAACGGAGCUGCACGAUGUAGGGGUGGACGCCGUAGUCCUUGGGGCCGAUGAUGAGACGGGCCAUGACAAUGGCAUGGGUGACGCUGAAGCCAAGACCGCCGGGCCAGUACUUGAUGGACUCAGUUGUGGGGCAGUGGAGGACCCACUCAUCGGUGGCGCGGUCAAAGGUCGCCGUAGUCUCAAGAUCGCGAAGAGCCGAACCGUGAGCGAGCUCGGUUUGGCAGUAGCAGCCGAGGAUCUUGGCCUGCUCAGCAAGUGGCACCCAGUACUUGGCCUGCUCGUCGGAGCCGAGGAGUUUGAGGGACGGCGUGAACAUCAUGAAGUGCAGACCGUAGGGCGACGAGUUGGCCAGCCAGUACUUGGGAGUGAUCCACUCGAAGAUGCCAGUUCCUCGUUGAGUGCGCUCCUCGAUCAUGGCCUUGCCCAUCUUGAGGCCCUGGAUGUACAUCUCGGACCGGGUGACGUCGCCAUAUUCGGCGGGGAGAACGUCCAUGUCCGUGGUGUCCAUCUUCUUCUCUGCGGUGGCAAACGCAGCUUCUCGAGCAUGCACUGCUUCGGGACUGGAUGCCGUCAGCGAGAACUUCCUGAAGAAGGCCGGAUCGACACUCACCCCCCGUAUAUGAUAUACGUCAGCUUCCGAGGAUCGAAGGUGGCCCGAGCACGGGCUUCAUUCAUGAGCUGGAUCUGUCGGUUGGCCAUUGGGGGAGGAGGGUUUGCUGUAUCAGCUCGGAUGGACAGAUGCUCAUUUUGCUCAGCCUUUUAUCCUUGGUGGUACCAAUCCUCGGUUGAAGUGCGAUAGCUAACACCAGUCCGCGGUUUCUGCUGCUGUCAUGCGUCUUGCAGUGCUUGUUAAUCUUGCUGCUUGAUGCAGCCUUCCGUUUUACGCAUUGCCCCUCAUAUUUAGGCUUUGUAUAGCUGCUAGUAGCCUGCUCCUACUACAUAAUACUCUCACUAUUCCAUCCUCCGCCCCUCCUCCCUCUUGCAUGCACACCGGAGAUGGUCUCGGCAUGUUCAUCAUCGUCUCGCAGCCAGGCUGGCCUGGAGACUGUCCCCCUGGAUCCUUAUCCCACUGUGUUCCAUCGACCGUUCUUACUGCACUGGCACUCAGCCUCCCAUUGCCUAGACCGCUUAGCGUACUUACGAGUCCCUGAAUCUUGCCUAGAAUCCUGGAGAAGACAUGCCCUCACCCUUGGGUACCAUGGGCUGCUCACUGUCUUCUAAGGGCUCUCAUAUGGUUUUGACGUAGAUCAGCGAUUGACUGCAGCGAUACAUAAUCUAUACCAAAUGUGCAUACUCUUGAAUGAAGGAUUCCAAGUUUCACGGUCCGUAGUCUACGCGUUAUGUCUUGAUUGGCCAUAAAUUCUUGCAGUGCCGCGUAGUAGUAUGUCCCGAAGACGCUUUCUUGCGGAUC